CAAGAACCGAAAAAAUCUUAUCCUCCCACUAAUACUGUGUAUAAUAAUAAGUUAACACGCUGUGACACUGUAAGUGAAGCAGUCUCAAUUAAAAAAUAAACUUUCUUUGAAAUAAAAAAGUUUAAAACCUAGACAAGCUGUCGGUAUCGAUUCUCUUCAAUCUUGAUCCCUCUCAUCGUUUUGUGAGAGGGUUUCAUCUGAGAAUUGAAGCCGCUUGAUCCUCGUAUUUUGAUUUUCUCAGCAUUUUCACCUGAACAAGCAUUCUUGCCGUGGUGUACUAAAUAAAUCCUUGCCCCCUCAGGCUAACGGAAGAGCUCACUGAUAUCUGCUCGGCUCCAAUCUGCGUUUCCAAUACCCAACGCAGUUGGAUGUCAGAUUCGUCCGCAUAAUCACUCAACCUUGAUUGUAUUGCUUACAGGUCUAACUUAGAGAAGUUUCAGAUACCAUGAUUAAGUUGUUUAAGGUGAAGGAAAAGCAGAGAGAGCUUGCUGAAAAUGCAAAUGGAAAGCCACUGGUGAAGAAGCAAAGUGCAGGAGAACUGCGACUUCACAAAGAUAUAAGUGAGUUAAAUCUACCAGAGACGUGUAGUAUAGCAUUCCCUAAUGGAAAAGAUGAUCUAAUGAACUUUGAGGUUACCAUUAGGCCCGAUGAAGGGUACUACUCAGGUGGAACAUUCAUAUUCUCCUUCCGGAUUUCUCCAACAUACCCUCAUGAAGCCCCAAAAGUCAAAUGCAAGACAAAGGUUUACCACCCAAACAUUGACUUGGAGGGAAAUGUAUGUCUUAACAUUCUUCGAGAAGACUGGAAACCAGUGCUGAACAUUAACACUAUUAUUUAUGGGCUGUAUCAUCUCUUCACGGAACCAAACCAUGAGGAUCCUCUCAAUCCAGAUGCAGCCGCGGUGCUGAGGGAUAACCCAAAGUUGUUCGAGUCCAAUGUGAGAAGGGCAAUGUCAGGAGGUUAUGUUGGACAGACAUUCUUUCCCCGUAGCUUCUAGGGUUCAGAGAAAAAAGAUCUCUGCCAUGUGAUAAUUUAUCCAAUAUAUUGAUUGGAAGCACUUCUCUCGCUCUCCCUUCAGCUUUAUGCAUAAACGAGACCCUGCAGAUUGUAUGCCUAAGUGGGUUUCGUUUGGUGAAUUGUUGUUAUCUGUAAGAAUGUCAACGGUUGUCCUCUCUGGAUGAAUUUGCUUAUCAAGUGUGUGUGGCUGCUUAUUAUGUAUUCUUCAUUCCUGGAUUGAGUUGAAUGAUGUGUUUUAUUGUCAUUAUAUAUUUUAAUCUUUAUUUUACCAUCUUUUUAUUGGAAAAAAGAUUUCCAUAUCACAAUUUCAAUUUUUGAUGAUGACCCAAUUAGGGCUACUUGUAGUGGUGGACCCGGUUCG